AUGAAGAUCCCCAGUGCUCUUAUUGUUCUCAUUGACUUGGCGAUGGCCGCCAGUAAUGUCAAUAUCACGGAUCAUAUCGCUAUCACGGUACCCAGCUCAGAGCCGCCUUUUGCCAAACUAGUGGAUCAGGCCAUGGCAUCCUUUUCGCUAGAGUUUCAAUUCUGGCCCACUUAUGCGGGAAAUGCGACAGGUCAGCCGAACCAUUAUGUGAACCAACUGUUUAGCAACCUGGCCCAGAGAACGGGGAAAACGCCGGCUGUGCGUGUCGGGGGUCACGAAAACACUGCCUACGUUGAUACUUCAUUUCAGUUAUGGAAUUCUAGCCAGCUGAAGGAAGUCCACGGGCCUUUUAUCAACCGCGCCAAUACCACCAUUGGUCAGGACUGGUAUGUCCUUGCGGGAAAUCUCCCCGCCGGGACUGAAUUCACGUUUGGCUUAAACCUAUACGACCAGUCUGAAGUUGCCAGCCAGGCAAAGAUGUUGGCAGACGCUUUCCAGGGCUCCCGUGCUCAUCUCACAAAGGACGUAACCCUCAAGUUUAUCCAGGUUGGCAACGAGCCGAACUUCUACUUUCCUACCGCGGCCGAAUAUGUAGCACACUGGAAGCCUCUUGCUCAGGCGGCUCUACAGAAUAUCAAAAUGGGCCAUGAAGGCCAACCCACUUUCUGGAUCGGGUCCGAGUAUAUCUACGACGAAGGGUUUCUGUUAACGGGGGCGCUCGAAGCAGGUAUCUUGGAUAACCACGAGAUUUUUCAUGCAAAUCAUGUCCUUGACGAGCAUCAGUACUCUGGUGCCAUGGGCCUAGGCGCAAUUCCUGGUGGCCCGCCCCCUGGGUCCUUGAUGAACAAAUUGUCUAUUCGGGGUAAUCUAUCUACGGUUUGUAAUGGAAUGCUAAACACGCAGAGCUACAAAAAAGCAUAUUACUUGGUAAUAAUGGUCUCCCUUCUUGAAUCACGCAUGUGCAGUGUGGCUAAUAUAUGUAAUGGUCUAUAG